GCAGGGGGAGGAGGCGGAAGCGGCGGCGGGACCGCCUUGCCGCGGCCGGGCCGGGUCGGGCGCCGCCAUGCCCCGGGACAACAUGGCCUCCCUGAUCCAGCGGGUGGCGCGGCAGGCGCGCAUCACCUUCCGCAGUCCGGCGGGGCCGGCCUUCGGGGAGAACCUGCACCGGCUGCAGCAGCUGCUGGACGAGGUGCGCGCCGAAGACUUGCACUUGGCGCCGCGGGGGCCGGCGGCGGCGGCGGCGGCGGCGGGCGGGGGGCUCCCGUGGGCCGGCGUGGUGCCGCCCGUCAGCUACAUGCACAUCUGCGAGACGGAGAGCUUCAGCAUGGGCGUGUUCCUGCUGCGGAGCGGCGCCUGCAUCCCGCUGCACGACCACCCGGGCAUGAACGGCAUGCUGAAGGUGCUCUACGGCACGCUGCGCAUCGCCUGCAUGGACACGCUACCCCCCGCCGCCGCCGCCCCGCCGCCCGCCGCCGGGCCCUGCCACCGCGCCCUGUUCCGCUCCCGCCAGCACUACACGCCGGCCUCCCCGCCCUGCCUGCUCUCGCCGCACACCGACAACCUCCACCAGAUCGACGCCGUGGACGGGCCCGCCGCCUUCCUCGACAUCCUGGCGCCGCCCUACGACCCCCAGCACGGCCGGGACUGCCACUACUACCGCCUCCUGGAGGGGCCGCCGCCGGGGGCUGGCGCCGAGCAGCCCGGGCUGCCGCGGGAGGUGUGGCUGAUGGAGACCCCGCAGGCCUCCGACUUCUGGUGCGGGGGCGAGCCCUACCCCGGGCCCCGCGUCUGCCUCUGAGGCGGCGGCGGCCCGGGCCCGGCCGUUGGGAACGUUGGGACGGUUGGCGCUCGCCCCACCCCCCCGCGCGCCGGCGUGAGGGGAGCUCGUCGCCGCCGCCGGCCCCGCGCCUGCCUCACGGACCGGCUGCCCGAGUCGGCCCCGGCGGCGGGCAGCAGCGGCGGACCCACGGCUGCGCUCUGCCCAGUGUCCCGUGCCCGGCCAGUGGGACCUCGGGUAGCUGGCUGGGGCUCCUCGGGAGCACUACCAGCCAAAGACUUCUUCUUUCCACAGGCCUGCCUGGCUUUGUGAGUCGAGGGGAAUAAAGCAUCAGAGUGUGUCUAUUUCCUUUGGGCUGAUGUGGAGGAGUAGCACGGUUCAACUUCUGCUCAGCUGAACGGUUGGGGGAAAAUAAUCCAGCAUCCUCUGUAAAUAGUUGGGGCCACGUGUCAGUGAGGGGGGAUCGGGCUCCAGCAGGGAGAGUAAACGCAAUAAGAAUUGUGGCGGGGCGCCCCGACUCCCCCCGGAGGCGCUCCCGCUGCCAGAGCUGGCUGGUGCCAGUGGGCUGGCGGAGUGUGCCCACCCAGCCUGGGCAGGGGGCUGCUCUGGCUGCAGCUUUUGGGGACUCGUCUCCAGAGUGAGUCUUGACCAAGAGCUGUACCCUGCUAGCGAAAAACAAACGCAGAACAACUCCCGAGCCAGGACAUGCUCCUCCAGUAAACGCCUGUGAUCCCCAGGGCUGGAGUUAAGGGAAUUCCUGCUCCAAAAGGACGCUGUCAGGUUCAGAAUUACCUUUUAACAACAGUUCUUUAAAGCAUUGUGUGGAAGAUCUCACUAUUGCAACUGAGAAUUACAGAGUACAUCUAUGCGUAUUUCCUUCAGCUAGGAGAAGGCGACUAGUCAGCUGCUAAUUAACCUCUCUUGGAACCUCUCGUGCAGCAGUGGCGCAGGGUAGCGGAAACCGUGGGUAUCUUAAGAGAAAAGCCAACUAUCCACUGUUGCGUCGUGGAAGUUGUUCUAGAAACAUGACGUAUUUGCAAACCCUAUAUAUACAGCAGUGCGCGUACCCUAGGUACAGACAAGAUUUGACCUGAUGUCUUCUCUUUAAAGUGUGGUCUGUGUUUUUAUAUGGACAAGUGAACGCUUUGGGCUUUUGAAGCCGUGCAGUUUCCCUCUUUAUACUAUUUAUAAAGACUACUUUUUCAUAAGGCUUUUAAAUAAAUAUAGCGUAGAAGAGACACCAUGAAUUUCGCCUUGCUACGACGGAAGCAGUCUGGAGAUGCAGUUUGUCCACGGCAGGGGAUUCGACCUUUCUAACAAGGGAGAAACUUUUUCUAUAGGUGAAAUACUCCAUCUGUACCACAGGGACUGGUCUGCCCAUCCAUCCUAACGCAUACUUCGUACCACAAACCCAGGCCAGGGCAGCCUUGACCCUCUUGGUCACCAUGUGGGAAUUUGAAUAAGAAAACGCCACUUACCAGCCUCCUAAGUGAUGUACCAACCUGCUCCAGAAAUCGUUCCACAACUGGCUUUAAUUUUUCUUUGUGUAUUUAUGAAAAGCAGACUUGUUUUUCCUGUACAGUGGCUUGUAUGUGUGAAUUUUUAAAUUAUUCUGAUAUGGCAUUGGUUGUUUGGUUUUGGGGUUUUUUUUGGCCUGUGAAAGAAUGAAUGUAAAACACAGCGUUAUGCAUGCAGAGAUUAAUUCUUUUGCAAGGAAAAAUUGGUGGAAAUUAUUUCAAGCGAUUUCCAUUUAUUCUUACAGCACUUUAAAGCGUCUGAUAUUUCUGCAGCUGGCUUACCUGCUUUUCCUGGAAUUCCCCUGCAGCUUAGCAUUAGUUAAUGUGCAACAAUUCUCUAUCGAAUGUAGUCAUUAACUGUAACGCAAUGCCUCCCUGUGCUACAGCCUGUUUCUGACUCUCUCCGAUGCUAAUGAAGACCAUCAUCCUUUUUCAGAGGUCCACAAAGAAGAUAGCGUGGUGCAUGCAAACAGCUGUACUGGAAAAACAAACUGCGACAGAGAGCAUUUUGUAUCUCAUCUGCUCUAUCCUCCCCUUAGGUCUUUCUGCUUGGUUUUUAAUUUUUUUUUUUUGUCCAUGUGUAAAACCUAGUCGAGAUGUUUAAUGGGAUAGGACUUUAAUACAUCUUUUCGUGCAUGGUCCCUUACACUGCAGAGUACCGUUAACAACUGUGGCAAAACCGUUUUCUUUUUUUUUUUUUUAAUAGAGGUGUUAGCACCAAAGUAUUAAAGCCAGCAAAAAUAGCAAAGAAAACCUGAGAUGCAUUAAAGAAAAGCCUCUUUGUGUAACUUCUUGCUUACUCAGUAAUUGAAACUUACUUCAUACAUUCUUGAUAUCUGUAAGCAGGUUUAAGUCUGUAAUGCCGUUCCUUCUCUCUGCAGUCUGGUUAUUGUGUUUUCACAACAGCAACAUAACUGUUAUUGCUGAAUUAUAGAAUAAAUACAGGUUAUCUCA